AACCGUUUUUUAGUACAAAAAAUUAAAAUUUUGUACUAAAAAGCAACUUUAAGUAGUAAGAAAACCGUCCCAAACAAAAACUUAAUGUCCGUCCAUGCUGCUUCAGCUCUUGUGCCGCUUCGAGCUGAUUCAACUGACGUAUACCUGGUUCUGCCUUUGUACUGCUGUGUUGGUAUUCAAUUGGCCUGGUUGUUGGCUAUCUGGUUUGCUACUACUGUUGAUUCAGUGUUCUUCAGCAAUCGAUUUUCUGUCCGGGUUUUAAUUGUGCUUUUAAUCAACAUCUAUAGCUAAUUUUGGGCUUUAAGUUUGGCUAGUUUAAUUUAUAGUUUGAUACUUUGAUGGGUCUUCAGUUGGACAGUGAUUUGAGAUGGUGUGGUUUUUUGUGUAGCCGUGAAGUGUGAAUUAAUGCCUCUAGUUUGAAUUGCAUUUUUUCUAUCAAGCUGUGAUAUGUGAUUACGGUGUUUUCUAGUUUUCUAAAAAAUAUGAGUUUUCGUUCAAGUUAUAAGUUCAUAAACUACGAAUUUGAUCUAAAACGUUUUUCAACAUGUUGCCCACUCGUUUUUAUUAUUUGAAUUCUAACUAACAAUUAUCAAAUGGGUUGAGCAAUUUGGUAGAUAUCGGCAAAGGAGGACAAGCACAAGAAAGAAACUAUAUUACUUUCUGUGAACCGUGCACAUCCAGACUAUAUAUCUUUCAAGCCAGAGAAACGUGUAACGGAUUUGUCUUAUUGAUAAAUGAGGGUAGUUUAAAUUUUUUAAGAUGUCUAUCAACACGUGAAAAGUCAGUUUAUUUUGAUGCAGAGGAUCGACUUUAUGAUUAAGCAUGAAUGCUAUUUUAAGUAUGAAGAGUCAGAGUGCUUUAUUUUAGAACUUGUUGAGCAUGAUAGAGUUGAGAUUUUGAAGAAAGGAAUUGGAAUGUUUGAGCUCCAAUGGUAUGGCUUUUAUAUGUUUAAAGCACUAGAAGGCUUGCAUAUAGGCAGGGUGUUGUGCAUCUCGAUGUCAAAGCAGAUUCUAAAUUGUCUUUUCAAAUAUAGGCUGGAGUGGAUGAAAAUGAAGUGUGAAAACAGAGAUCCUAAGACUUGGUUGUUAUUGUGUAAAGAAACCACCCUCAUGAUAAGGGCCAUUUUUUUUAGAUUUUUGUGUAAUGUUUUGUGAAGAUAUUUAUUGUAAUAGAUUGAUUAUUUACUUAUAUGAAGAUUGAAGUAGAAUUUCUAUUGUAUUUAAGUGGAAAAUUCUUGUAAUUUUAUAUUUAUGAAAUAAUUUUUUUAUUUGAAGAAAAA